CAGAUACAGAUACUUCCAGACCGCCGUCAGAUACAGAUACAGAUACUCUUGCAGUGUGCGUCGUCGUCGCCGCAUUACUCACUCAUCCGCCAGGCCACGAAGAUACAUUUCGCAGUGCAACUAGCAAACUGGAUUUGCCACCCAAAAGAAAAAUACAAAUAAAUAAAACAGAAACCUAAACAAUUCCCGCGUUAAGUGAAAAACGUAGCCAAUUGCAGCGAAACUUUCAAAACUCGAACGCCGCAGCGAAAUAGUAGAAAAGUAGUUCAGAGCGUGAAAAAUACGUUACUUGCUGCGAAACAUUGUGAAACGUAUCCGAGAGAUACAGAUACAAGCCCCCCCUAUAGAGAGAGCUAGAGAGAAUAAAAACUACCGAGAAAAGUGCAUUUGCAAAAGCAAAUUCAAACCUAUAAAUAAAACCAAACCACAAAAAUCCAAACAAAUCGCGAACGAAUAUAAAAUUUGGAAAGCCUCGACGGAAGAUUCGCAAGACACAAAUACAAGUGUUGGAUUAACAUAUUUUCGAUCAAGUAUCGCAAUGCAAGUGGAAUCGAGCUACCCGAAAUACGCCGGACGUGUGCCGCCCCUGGAUUUGUCCCAGGUGAAUGCUGGCCAGGAUCUGUGGAGUGGCGGGAGUACUCCUUCGUCCAAGCGACACCUCCAUCAUCCCUAUCAAAUGCUGGACAAGUGUCGUGGCGGCAUGACCUUGAUAAGUGCCAAUUCCGCCUCCGCUGUCACCUCUGUCACCUCCGCCUCCUCCUCCUCCGAUGACAACAACAACCGACUCCUGGAGGAUGGCAGCACCUUGCUGCAUCAUCCCAUGGGAUCCGAUGGCCUGCCCUUGGAUCCCCGAGAUUGGACGCGAGCGGAUGUGUGGAAGUGGCUGAUAAACAUGGCCGUCUCCGAGGGACUGGAGGUCACCGCCGAGCUGCCCCAGAAGUUCCCCAUGAACGGCAAGGCUCUGUGCCUGAUGAGCCUGGACAUGUACCUGUGCCGCGUCCCCGUCGGCGGCAAGAUGCUCUACCGGGACUUUCGAGUGCGAUUGGCCCGGGCUAUGGCCCUGCUCUCGCAGGGAUAAUGGAUCCUGAUUCAUCCCUCACUGGUUGUACAUAUCUCUAGGAUUGUAGGUUAAUAUUAGCUUAGUUCUGUGUAGUUGUAAAGCCUAGUCCUUAGAGCUCUCUUCGGUUAAGUCCUAGCCAUAGUAUCCUGCAUUUCUAAUGUUGUCAAAGAUUAGCUCUCAAGAAUAUUUUCUCCCUUUGAAUAUGCAUUUUGGAACAAAGGAGAAACUGGUAUAUUAUAUAAUGAGAAUAACCAAGAGUGAAGUUAAAAUGCUGUCCUAUUAGUUGUUUAAGUAUG